CAGCAAAAAUCCUCAAUACUUCAGAAGUUCCAAUGGCGAAAGGCAAGGAACCAAAAGGUGUCCAGAACCGCAUCAUCUACUCUAGAGCAUCGUACCUUUAUCAAGCUGCCUCAUAUCUUACUAAACAGUCCUCAACUGGGCAAGAUGCUGCAGCAAAAUCAUCAACCCCAAGCCAUGGGCACAGUAUUUCCCCUCAAACAAGAAACGAGGAAAGAGCACUGAGGAAUAUGUCUCGUCAGGCCAUUUCAGACCUACGAGCUGUGACUCUCAAAGCACAAAUACGGCGAAGUCCGGCUAUGAAGCAAACUAUUUGCAAGUUUUGCGACACUCUACUAGUCGAGGGCGACACCUGUACAUCAACCGUGGAGAAUGCGAGCAAAGGAGGGCGAAAGCCAUGGGCUGAUAUUUUAAACAUCAACUGCAAGACUUGCGGUAAUGUCAAGAGAUACCCAGUCUGUGCCCCGAGACAAAAGCGGAAGCACAUGCGCAAGCUUGAUCGCAAAGAAGGCACAGAAUAUAGCAGCAAUGAAUCGAAAGUACAGGGGCCAACUGCCCAGACAACACCACACGAAACGCCCAUCCCGACACCAGGUCAGACGCCGGGACCUUGAAUAAAACAAGAGAAAGUCAAGGUCGUUCAAGCAACGAAUAGACCGACGUCGUCCUCAAGGACCAAGCCCAACUUGAGUUGUAUUCAGAGAACUCACAUUUGAGCCAGAGACUGGAAAGGCUGCUUGAGUCUUGGUUUAGGACAUGAUUGAACACCGAAACCGCACUGUUUCCGCUUCGCUCAAACAUGUGUGUUCUCCGUUAUCUCAAUUG